AUGAAUAUUUUACAAUAAUAAAAAUAAAAUUAAGAGAUUUAAGAGACAAUAUGUAAGAUUCAUAAUUUAGAAUUGAUUGCAGUUGAUUUGGAUAUGAGUGAUAAAUAAUAAAUAAAUUUUUUUUGUGGUAAAUGUUUAGUUGAUAAAUUAAAUAAUAAUAAAGUAACAACUAUUGAGUAAUCAAAAGAAAGAAUAUAAUAAAUUAAGAUUUAAUAAUAAGAAAUAAAGACUAAAGAGAAUUAAACAAGACUGAAUUAUUAUAAAAAUAUUUUAGAUUAAAUAAUGGAUUUUAAAAGAUCAAUAGAUGAUUCUUUAGAAAAGAUGUAUAAAUAAAUUUAAUAAUAUAUGUUUCCAAUUUAAAAGGAGAAAUAAGAAUUAUAAGAAAAUUAAUAUCAAUUGAAUUAUUUUGAAGAUAUUAAAUAAUUAUCAGAAUUAUAUUCAUAAGAUUAAUAGAAAUCAAUUAAAUUAAUUGAAGAUAAUACUUUUAUAGAUUAAUUAACAAGAUAAUUUGAAUUAUUAUUUAAUAAUGCUGAAUAUUUUUAGACUUUAGAUAUAUUUAAAAAUACAAAAUAAAUAAUAUAAGAUAUAAUAGAAAAUAAUAUAAUUGAAUUACAACCAUUAUAAUAAACAAAAAAUGAAUUUGUAAAUAAUUAUUAUAUAAAUUAGAAAACACCAAGUUUAAAUAGAAUUUGUAUAAAUCAUAAAAAAGAAAUUAUUAUGAUUGAUAUAGAUACUUAAAAUAAGGAAAUAGAAGAUAGAUUUGUUUGUGUUGAUUGUAUAUCUUAAAAUCCAUAAAUUAAAUAUGAAACAAUUGAAAAUAUUAAUAAAUUAUGGAUAGAUUAUAAUUCAGAAUCUUAAAAUAUAUUAUAAUAAUAUAAAAAAGAAACUAAAAAUAAAAGAUAUGAUUUAUUUAAUUAAAUUACUUAAAUGAGAAAAAAUUAUAAUUAAAAAUUAAAUGAAAUUAGUGAUAAAUUAAUAUUAGAAUAAUAAUAAUAAUAAUAAUAAUAAUAAUAAUAAUAUAUAACUAAAGAAUCAAAUUAAAUAAAAAAGAUAUCAAUAUAAUCUUUAGAUAAUGAAUAAUUAUUAAAAGAUUUAAAAUAAAUAAUUUAAAAAGAAAAAGUGACUUAAAAUUAAACAAUAAUAAGUUUAAAAAAUAAAGAUUUAAUAUUUUAGAAAGAGAUAGAAAAUCAUUUAGAAUCAUUAAAAUAAUAUGAUUAAUUAGAUANCAUUUCAUUCUAAUACUUGAUUCAUCAAAUUUAGAGUAAAAUUAAAAACUUUUCAAAAGUAGCUUUAUUAUUUUUCAGUCAUAAAUAAAUUAAUAAAAUCUUUUAAAGUGAUUAAAAUUUAAUUUAUGUUAUCUUCAGAACCAUUCCAAAGAUUUAUAAUUAAAUAUAUAUUAUAAAAAAUAGUGUUUAAAAAUAAGUAAAUAUGUUAUUUAUUUAUAUAUUAAUAAAUAUAAUAAUAAAAUGAAUAUUUUACAAUAAUAAAAAUAAAAUUAAGAGAUUUAAGAGACAAUAUGUAAGAUUCAUAAUUUAGAAUUGAUUGCAGUUGAUUUGGAUAUGAGUGAUAAAUAAUAAAUAAAUUUUUUUUGUGGUAAAUGUUUAGUUGAUAAAUUAAAUAAUAAUAAAGUAACAACUAUUGAGUAAUCAAAAGAAAGAAUAUAAUAAAUUAAGAUUUAAUAAUAAGAAAUAAAGACUAAAGAGAAUUAAACAAGACUGAAUUAUUAUAAAAAUAUUUUAGAUUAAAUAAUGGAUUUUAAAAGAUCAAUAGAUGAUUCUUUAGAAAAGAUGUAUAAAUAAAUUUAAUAAUAUAUGUUUCCAAUUUAAAAGGAGAAAUAAGAAUUAUAAGAAAAUUAAUAUCAAUUGAAUUAUUUUGAAGAUAUUAAAUAAUUAUCAGAAUUAUAUUCAUAAGAUUAAUAGAAAUCAAUUAAAUUAAUUGAAGAUAAUACUUUUAUAGAUUAAUUAACAAGAUAAUUUGAAUUAUUAUUUAAUAAUGCUGAAUAUUUUUAGACUUUAGAUAUAUUUAAAAAUACAAAAUAAAUAAUAUAAGAUAUAAUAGAAAAUAAUAUAAUUGAAUUACAACCAUUAUAAUAAACAAAAAAUGAAUUUGUAAAUAAUUAUUAUAUAAAUUAGAAAACACCAAGUUUAAAUAGAAUUUGUAUAAAUCAUAAAAAAGAAAUUAUUAUGAUUGAUAUAGAUACUUAAAAUAAGGAAAUAGAAGAUAGAUUUGUUUGUGUUGAUUGUAUAUCUUAAAAUCCAUAAAUUAAAUAUGAAACAAUUGAAAAUAUUAAUAAAUUAUGGAUAGAUUAUAAUUCAGAAUCUUAAAAUAUAUUAUAAUAAUAUAAAAAAGAAACUAAAAAUAAAAGAUAUGAUUUAUUUAAUUAAAUUACUUAAAUGAGAAAAAAUUAUAAUUAAAAAUUAAAUGAAAUUAGUGAUAAAUUAAUAUUAGAAUAAUAAUAAUAAUAAUAAUAAUAAUAAUAAUAAUAUAUAACUAAAGAAUCAAAUUAAAUAAAAAAGAUAUCAAUAUAAUCUUUAGAUAAUGAAUAAUUAUUAAAAGAUUUAAAAUAAAUAAUUUAAAAAGAAAAAGUGACUUAAAAUUAAACAAUAAUAAGUUUAAAAAAUAAAGAUUUAAUAUUUUAGAAAGAGAUAGAAAAUCAUUUAGAAUCAUUAAAAUAAUAUGAUUAAUUAGAUAUUUAAUAAUCAAUAGAUAUAUUUAAAGAAAUACCAAGUAUUUAUUUAUUUAUAUAUAUAUUUUAUUAGUUGAAAGAAAUUAUAUUUUAUAAUUAUCUGAACUUAUAUAAUCAUUUUCUAAUUAAACAUAAACAAAUGAUGAAAAUUAUUAAAAUUAGAUUCAAUUUAUAAAAGAUAUUUAAGAAUUGAUAGAUUAGGCUAAAAAAUAUUAAUGUUAAAUUAAUUUAUUUGAUUAAACUAUAACUUUAUUUUAAUAACAUAUUAAUAAGAUUCAAUAAAUUUAAUAAUAAAUAUUAAAUUAAACUAAAAAUUAAGAUAAUAAAUAAUAAUUAAUAUAAAUUUAAUAUUAAAAUUUAUUAAAAGUAUUAAAUGAUUAUAUUAAUAUUUUUGAUAAUAAAAAUAAAUAAAUAAAUAAAUAUUUUAAUAUUUCAAAAUUGGAAUAGGAUUUAAUAAAAUUAAAAGAAAUUAAUUAAAAUUUAGAAAUUGAAAGUAAUAUUAUAAUUAAAAUAAUAGAAACCAAUUAAUAUAAUUAAAUGUCUUAAUAAUUAGAUCAAAAACAUUAAGAAUAUUAAAAAUUAUUAAAGGAAUAAUAAGAUUAAAGUAUUUUUUUUAUUUAUAUUAUUUAUAGAUUAAAAGUAAAUUGAAUAAAUUAAUAAUAAAUUAUAAUCAAAAGAAAAAGAAUAUUUAAAUUUAAUAGAAAAAUUUGAUUAAAAUACUUAACAAAUAAUAAAUCUAAAAAAGUUAAAUGAAGAAGAUAAAUUAAAAACUAUUAAGACAUUAGAAGAUUAAAGUAUUAAUUAAUUAAUAUAUAUAUAUAUAGAAAAUAAAGAAAUUGUAGAAAUCAAUAAAAAAAUCAAUUAAAAAGAAUCAGAAUUGUAAACAAUUUAAAGAUAACUUGAUAUCAUUAAUUAAGAAAAAUUAUAAAAAGAAAAAUAAUUCAAAUUAGAAUUAGAAAAAGUAUAUUAUAAUUUUAAUUAUUUAUCAUAGAUUUAACAAUAUCCUAAAACUUUAUAAUUUUCUAAUACUUNUGAAAGAUUUCCUAAAGAAUUUGACAUUUGUUUUAUUUAUCACAAAAUUUUGCGUAUUCUAAAUUUUAAAUUUUCGUAGAUAGGUUUUAAAAUAUCAUUAUAAUAUAAUAAGUGGUCCGCUGUUGUAAUCCAUACAUUAGGCUAAAGUUCUCCAAGCUCUUUUCUUCAAGUAAAAUGAGAAUACUCGACUGAUUUAUUGUCUCUUAGUAUUUUGGCAGCAGUAUGAAGAAGAUCAAAAUAGCAAAGAUUAUUGCAUUAGGCCUGAAGAAUAUAGAAACUUUCAAGAAAUGGCUUUGCAAAGUACUUUUGUUUUCCAAAAACUAGACAAGGAACAAGAAUCUACAUGGGUGAAAUAUAACAAAGAAGAAGCAAUUGAAUUAAUGAAAAAUUAAUUUUUGAGGAAAUUUUAAACUAGAAUUUUCAUUAGCCUGAUAUUAUAAAAUUUUAAAUUUAGUAUAUGA